UACCGAAUUGGGACCAAACGAACGUUUAUAGCGGUGACUCUCAUCUCUUAGUCUCACCCUGCAACUGCAAUUUGGUUUGUGACACUCAGCAGUGUAGGAAGACAACUUGUAAACAACAUGGCUUUCAUGCGAGCCUUGUGCUUCGUCCUGUUGGUGGGUUUUGCCGCGGCAUGUAAACCAGACUGCUCGUUGAAGUGCCCACCAAAAUGUCCACCGAUGUGGACUUUCUACAACGGCAACUGCUACCAUUACUUCGGCACCGCCAAGACCUUCGCUGAAGCUGAGAAUCACUGCAAGGAGUUCACUCAGGUCGGCCAGGGUCACCUGGCGUCCGUAGUCAGCGCCGAGGAGAAUGAUCUGCUGCUCACGAUGUGGAAGUCGGCCCGUGGGACUACAGCCGGCGGCAUGUGGAUCGGCUUUACUGACGAGGCAGAUGAAGGGAACUUCAUCUGGACAGAUGGGUCAGCGGUCGGCUUUACCAGAUGGAGAAGUGGCCAGCCCUGGAGCCCAGCUGGUGAUGCGGACUGUACCGAAAUGAAAGAAGGAUGGGAUGGCGAAUGGAAUGACACCCAAUGCGGAGACACAAACGCCUACAUGUGCAAGAUGGCCACUACAAAGUAAAUCGCCCCACGACGGACGACCACGGAGUUUUGUAAGAACUAAUUUGUAACAUCAAACCUGAAACAAAGCGAUACCAAGUCGAGGUCAUCGACCAUAACCACCAAACUGUUCUACCAAACGGACACCCACAAGCAGUUUCACUUCAAAACUAAACGGUUAAAUUUGGUGGUGCGGACUGCUGUCCGGCCGCACGGUAAGAAUGAAAUCGUUUGCAUUUCACACCUUCAUGGCUUACACGUUUAAGAACACACACAUCCUUUCACAUAAUUUGGUUUUGACCAAGUUUCGAUGUAAAUAGAGAGACGUUCAUUAAGAUCACAACCAUCGGUUAACUAACCUGCUGGUUUAGGCCCACGCUUAAGCCGCACAAGUAUCUCCAAACACUAAGGAAACAAGGAACAAAAACGUUUUCAAUUAGGAUCCUCAGAUGACAGGCUCCAACAUUUUUUUGCUUCGUUUAACGGAGCACCUUGCUUUAAUUUUAUAUUCAUUUACUCUCGAAAUCUCCUCCAAUUUACUUUGCCGUUUAAUGUUCGAUUUAUUUUUAAUUUUCGGUAAAUUCUGUUAUUGUUUAGAAUGUAAGUUUAUUGACGUUUAAAGUUCAACUCUUGUUAUUGUUUAUGUAUUAGUAGAGAACAUUUGUUGGUCAGUUCCACUGUCUAGGUGCAAAUCUAUAUGCUCUGAUUUUUAAGGAUGGACUAAUUAAAGAUAUUACGUUAGCGAAUGUAAAAAAAACACCUAAAGGCCAUCAGCCUCGGUCAAAAAAUUUGGCAACCGGUAUCAAAAUGAGAGCAAUAAUCGCCAUAGCAAUUUUUGGCAAGGUAUACACCUCCAGAGUUGGAAAAUAUGUGAUAGUAUUGCAGCUGUUGCAGCUCUUUUGGGUGUUAGGCCAAAAAAAAAAAAAUUCGGUCUCUGGUCAGACCAAAGUUCCGGAAUUCACGCGGCCACGCGGCAU